GAUCCCCUUAGCCCACAUUCCAUCUCCUCCCCAACUUGCAUCUCCAUUUGGAAAUUAAUACCGCGUGAAAUCCCCCCNCCACACACCACUUAAUUAGUUCUAACCAAGCAACAUAAAAUCUAAUUUCUUCUCCAAUAAUAUUUUUAUAUAUAUCCCCACAAAUAAAGUAUACACAAAAAAACACUAUUCAAUGGGGAGGAAAUCUGGGUUUUCUUUCUUGGGGCUGUUCAGGUUGAAGAUGAGAUCAAAGAGGGAACAAGAAGAAGAAGAGUGUUACAACGAGAGGAGCGUAGGCCGGGGGUCGGUGACGAAGGCGUACUAUAGAGUGUGGCCGAGCGACGAAGACCGCAUCAAUUGGGUGGCCGAUCCCCACAUCGACGCCAAGGCCACCGCCUUCCUCGAGAGCAAGCGCCGCCUCUUCCGGGGCCGCGUUGCCGCCGCCGACAACGACGAUGCUUAAUUAAUUAAUUACACUAUCAAUU